CGUCUCUUGUCCUCCAACUACAGCAUGAAGGAGGACAUGCAGAAGACAGUGGAAGAUACUGUUAAGACAAAGACCUUAACCAUUCUUCAGAAGGAGAGAGCUCAGCACAGCGAGCGGUUGGUGCAGAUCGAGUUCCUGCUCAAUUAUAACACGCUCAUCCAGAAGGAGACUGAUGCCAUACGAGCUGGAGAGAGUGAUCUUUGCAUUAAGAGGGACAAUGUGAAGGAAGAAUUGAGAAAGACUGGGCUGGAGAUAUCUACCCACAAGAAGGAGAUGAAGAAGCAGAAGAGGAAGUGCCAGAAGCUGGAGGUGAAGCUAAAAGACCAUAACAUCACCCACAAGCACAUGCUGGCCAAAGAAAUGGAACUCAGAAAGGCCCUGGUCUCAGUGUCGGAGGAGUGCCGUCAAAAAUCAGAAGAGGCCCGUCAGCUGGGGCCCGAGCUACAGGGGGAGAGGAGCAGGAGGGGGAAGCUGGAGGCCAUCGUGUCGGAAGCAGUCAUCAUUCUCAAACACAUCAUGGAGGAGGACGCAGAGGAAGGGCCCGACACAGAGUGGAAGACGGAGAGACUGCUGCAUAUCCUGGAGAGUACCGCCCCCCAGGGAACAGGCUCCGCUUUGGACGAGAAACCACAGAAACCCAAAAUCAGCCAGGAACCUCUGCAGUAAGAAGACAUCCGGCUCUGUGAAUCCAUCUCCUCCUGAUGUGAUUAAAACAAAGAAAAUCUUAAAGUGUUCACCAAAAAAUGUGCCACCACAGAAAAGCUCAAGUACAAAUGUGGUCUACAGACUUUGCAGUCUAUAUUACAAUGUGCAGCAUAUAGAAGAUUUAUAUAUUCUGUAUAUAACCAUGUGAAAUCCAAGUAAGUGGCUGCCUUCUUGUAAUUUAACAAAAAUGUUACUGAUGAAAAAAGACGGCAAUGACAGCUAGCUAACCUACUGUAGCCUCACAUUGGCGAACAACAAUAGCAUAUCACUGACAUUCUGAAUGUAAGUGUACUGCUAUAAACCUCCAGCGUGGUGGAAAGUAACUGAAUACAUUUACUCAAGUACUCAGUGGUACUGUUUGAUACAGUGUAGAGACAGCAGCUCCCUCCCUCCCCCAUACUGACCUCUGCUGUCCGCCAGUAGAGUCCUCAGCGUGUUCCCGCCCCCACCUGCAUGUCAUUACCUCAUCCACGGGCUAGCAAGUUUUCAAACUGGGUUCCGGGGACCAACAGGGGCCCUUGAGUAGGCUGAGGAAACUCACAGGUGUAUUACUGAGGGCUGCAUUCCACUUAGCGGAGGUCUUGUUAUUGUGCAUGCUGGUUCAAGUCCACCUGUGUUUUCCUGUAUAAAAUGUCUGCUGUGCAACCGGUUCAUAUAGAAUUUUGAACUUUUAUCACAUUUUGUGAAAGUUGGAACACAGGAAGAACUAGGGUUGGCCGCUGUGAUUAAUCGUCAUUUGUAGUGAGUUUGAUCAUUGAUUGACUAUGAAGACUUUAUCUUCAGACCUUAAAAUUAAAAAAUACUCAGAGGGGAUCAGGACAAAAUACUCUCAAAUUGGGGAUCCUUGGUCUCAUUUUCAUCUUCUGUGGAGGUCCUUGAAGUGAAAGUUCGGGAAACUCUGGUCCGUGUGCAUCAAAUCAUUGGAGGUCAGCCUUUGUUCUUUAGCUCAUGACAUAUGAUGCAGCAGCAGAAUACAAAUUAUAUAAAGUACAGUUAUCAAAAUUAGCCCCAUCUUUACCAGGUGCAACAUUAAAGUGAGACAUUACACAUGAAUGCAUUAUUACCCACUAAUGUAGCCUAAUCCUUCUGAAAUCAGCCAUUCUGCACAAUGAGUUCAUUUUAAGUAUAUUUUGAUUCAGAUACUUCUGUACGUUUGCCUACUUUCAGCCUCUCAUUAACAUAUUACAUUUACACCUCCAAAAACCAUUUCACACUGAAUGCUAGAGCACUGACGCAGGUUAAACACUCAGGUGAAAAAGGUUUAAAAGGUCAAUCAAUGUGUAAAAAUAGCCUACACUACAAUGUGUG